AGGCUUAUUAAUUUAAUUUCCAAUAGUUGCUUAAGCCAAUUGUUGCUGCCAUAAACUAAUUCCAAUUAUUUUGCUGUACAGUCUAGCACUAAUUUGAAUUUUUACCUGACUGAACAGCUGCAUGUGUAAAAAUCCCAGCACCAUCAUAAAAUAAAAACCAAACAGCUUAAGUGGAAAUAUUUUAUUGUCACUAGCCCGCGCAGCUGUGACAAUUAGGUAAAAGUUCGCUAAGCCGUUACCAACUGUACAUCAUAAAUCGAAGUGACUACCUGACUAACUAAUUGUGGUUUGUCUAAAGCAAAGCAAGCAUCAACAACAUGAGCAACAUUAGCAAUGACAGUGGUCUGGAUGACUCGGCGAACGCCGUCGUAGCCAAUCCGGCAGCAGCUGCAACGCGUCUCUCCUGGUUCCUGGCCGAAGUGGACGAGGGCUGCCUGAAGCAGGGUCAGCCCAAUGGCAGCAGACAGUUGUGCGUGCUGCAUAGCAUGGAGCUGCUGGAGUCGGAUGUCUCGGACAAGUACAUGACGCGCAUUGUCAAGUUCCGUUUGGAGGGCAAGCAAGUGGAGGCGAAACUUAUUUUGGCUGCCGAUGAGCGCAAGCUGGUGGACGCCGCGCUGCUGUCCAUGAGCAAGGAGCAGCGUGACUAUGAGCAUGACAAGCAGUUGCUGGUGCAGUAUACAGAGGAUGAAACCUCCGCCUGCGGUCCACGUCUCGUGCAGAAACUCAUGUCAGCGCAACGCGUCGUCUGGCUGAGCAGCAAUCCAGAGCUGGGCGGCACACCUGUGAUUAAGGUGGCGCCCGGCUGUCUGGGUCAUAUGCUCUAUACCCACGAGGGCCGCGACCAUAUGGAGAAGAUGCUGCUGCAUUUGAAGGCGCGCUGCUUUGAUCAAGCCUUCGAUGAGCAACUGGACGCAGCACAGCAGCAACAGGGUCUGGACGAGCAGAGCUGGCUGUUGGUGCAAUACAGUCCGGAGCCCGAGACUGUCGUCUAUCAGGUCAUUCAAUACAGUCAGACUGUGUGGCGCCAGGAGAAUCUCUUCAAGGAUGUCAUUGCCUAUGUGCAGCUGCCAGGCAGCGAGGUGGUGCUCCAAGCGGUUGUCAUUGGCUUUGGCGAAAAGCAGCAAAUGCUGGCCAAGCAUGAGAAGCUGCGUGAGUUCGCUCUCAAUCUGGACUUUCCAAAGGCGGAAGAGCUGGAGCAACAGCUGCUCCAAGGCAGCGGCACUGCAGCGCUGUUUGCUCGCACCAGCAGCACGAUCUUCCAGCGUGCCGAGCAGCGCGAUGCUAAUGGUGAGCAUAAGCAGCUGCGUCGCAGUCUGGAGCAGAUGAGCGAGAAGGCGCAAAGCGAGGCGGACAUGAUCAUUGAGGCCUUCGACAUGGUUGAUAACAUCAACAGGAAUCUCCAGUGCCACAUGAGCGAUGUUUGAAGCGGAAAUUUAUUAUAGAUAAACAUACAUAGAUUUAAGUUCCUGAUUGAAGAAAGUUAUAAACUUUCAGCUAAACAAUUUUG